CAGGAAGUGCUUUGUUACCGUCCUCCUAUUGCGUUUUUAAGGCAAAUAAAAAUCCACAGGCUUUUGCUGGAUCUUUUCUGAUGUAAAAUUAGUCUUACAUGACACUUAUUUGUCCCAAUUUAAAUAGUUUUGAUAAUUAAUAAGUUGUGAUCUAGCUUUUAUUUGUUUGAACGCUGUGACAAAGAAAUGAACUGCAGCGUACACAUUUACUGUCAUCUUUUUUUUAUUUGAAGAAAGAAUAUAGUAGCUUCCACUAUGGAUCGGGACAGAGCUAGCCCGUCCCCCUCCAAUCUGCCAGAGUCCCCUGGUCACAACUCUCCUGGUAGCGCCUUACUGCUGGGUCUGAAGAGGGUGUCUGUGCUGCUGGUCGACUGCAGGAAAACAGCAGGGCAGAGUGGAACUGUGAGAGAAGGUCACGAGGAGGGAGAUGGAGAUUUGAUUUCAUCAAGGACCACCCCUAACCAUCGUUCUCUCAGUGGGAGGGACUUAUCAUCUGGGGAGCCUCAACAACAACAUGUUGAUGAUGAGACAGAGAAGAGUCUCUCCCAAUCAGAACACCUCAAACACCAGCACAGACGUACAGGGAAGAAAUCUCACCACAGCUGCUCUGACUGUGGGAAGAGUUUCACUACACGGAGGUCCUUCAUAAUUCACCAGCAAACACACACAGGAGAAAAGCCUUAUAGCUGUGAUCAGUGUGGGAAGAGUUUUGCUCUAUCAGGACACCUGAAUAGACACCAGCUAACACACACUGGAGAGAAGCCUUAUAGCUGUGGUCAGUGUGGAAAGAGCUUCAAUCAGUCAGGCAACCUGACAGCACACCAGCUAACACACACUGGAGUGAAGCCUUAUAGCUGUGAUCAGUGUGGGAAGAGCUUUGCUCGGCCUGGAGAGCUGACUACACACCAGGUAACACACACUGGAGUGAAGCCUUAUAGCUGUGAUCAGUGUGGAAAGAGUUUUGCUAAAGAUUCCAACCUAACUAGACACCAGGUAACACACACAGGAGAAAAGCCUUACAGCUGUGAUCAAUGUGGGAAGAGGUUUGCUCAAGCUUCCAACCUAACUAGACACCAGCGAACACACACAGGAGAAAAGCCUUAUAGCUGUGUUCAGUGUGGGAAGAGCUUUGCUACAUAUAACACCUUCAAAUAUCAUCUGAGAAUUUAUGAAGGGGAGAAGCCCUACCCCUGCCUUGAUUGUGGGAAAAACUUUGCUAGUGCAGGAGCCCUAACCAUACACCAGCGUGUACACACUGGAGAGAAGCCUUAUAGCUGUCAUCAGUGUGGGAAGAGCUUUGCUGUAGCUUCCACCCUGAUUAUACACCAGCGCAUACACACUGGAGAGAAGCCAUAUAGCUGUCAUCAGUGUGGGAAGAGCUUUGCUGUGGUUUCCACCUUGAAUAAACACCAGCGCAUACACACUGGAGAGAGAACUUAUGUCUGUCUAUGUGGAAAGGACUUUGCUCGAGCUUCCACCCUGACUAUACAUCAGCGAACACACACUGGAGAGAAGCCGUAUAGUUGUGAUCAGUGUGGAAAGAGCUUUGCUGAGUCAGGGACCCUGAAUUCACACCAGCGAACGCACACUAGAGAGAAACCCUAUGUCUGUCUAUGUGGAGAGAGCUUUACUCAUUUAGGGCAAAUUAAAAAACACCAGAAAGCAAAAAUGUGCCAUAUUUCAUCUCCAUCCUAUCCGACACCAUUUCCAGAUCCAUAAAUAAAGGUUCAAUAGAAAACAUUUAGUGAACAGUCAUAUCCAUCUCCCAUUCUUAAACAGUUGCCUUAGUCUGAUCACCAUGGUAACCUCUGUGCAGCAUAAUAUGCAGCUCUGAUCUAGGAUCAGGUCUCCCCUGUGUUUAUGUAAUAUCACACAUUGGGAUCUACAUGGAUAAAUGUUAUCAUAGAAAAUGUCAUAGUGAACCUGUGUGUGUGGGGGGGAAAGAUGUUGAAAAUUCUAUUGUCUUUCAUAUACUCAUGAUACUAUUAUUAAAUCUCAUUAUGUAGAAUAAUGUUUCAAAAAUAGGUGUAUAUUCAAUUGAUCAAUAAAUUCAACCCAUUAUCUUAUAAACAAGA